AUGUUAUUUGAUUGGGUAAUUGUAUGUAUAGCAGUAGAACGAUGUGUUAAUAUAAUAAAAGGUAUUUCAUUUAAAAAACCUAACAGUGUUUGGUGGGCAAAACGUAUUAUUCCGUUGCUUACAUUUAUAAUUAUUUGUAGUUUGUGGCAUGAAUUAUUUAUUCAUAAAUUAAUCUCAGAUCCGAGAAGUACAAGUGAACAUACUUGGUGUGUUAUUGAAUUUCCAUGGAAAUGGAUAAAAAAUUAUCGAUUAAUUAUUAAUUUAAUCAAUCUUAUUGUUCCAGGAGUAAUUAAUUUAAUCGCAACAAUAUUUCUUCUACAUAAAACAACUCGAAGAAAACAAGAAUUUGGUAAAAAAAAAAGUGAUAAAAGUUAUUGGAAAACAUUUCGAAAGCAACUACCAAUGUACGGAAGUCCAUUUGGACUAAUCAUUCUCAGUGUAAUGCGAGUCAUUUUUUCGUUUACAUUGGUUUGUAUAACUGAACAAUGGCAUAAAUAUGUUUAUUUGAUUGCUUAA